AAUAAACAAACCGAAAGCGUUUGUUUAAUGUUUCAUAACACGGAUGUUUUUUCUAGUUUGUGUAUUACAUAUAUUUUUGCGAAUUAGUCCUAUUUCACCCCAGACCACAAUAAGAUGGUGUUCAACGUCACCUGAAGAAGAAAUCAAAUGUAAUCGUCUUAGUUCAGUGAUUCAAACUACUCCUACUAUUUCAAACAACUAUAAUUUAACAUGUAUACUUGGUUCAGAUGAAUUUAAUUGUAUGAAAUUAAUCAAUGAAAAGAAAGCUGACUUAAUGAAUUUGGAUGUUGGUCUAGCAUACUAUGGUAGCUCUUUGUACAGUUUACGUCCUAUUGCUGUGGAAAAUUACGCAAUAAGCAAUGCACUGAAUGCAAGAAACUUGUAUUAUUAUGCAGUUAUGAUUAAGCCAAUCAAUAUAUAUGUAGAUCCUACAAAUCUAAGAGGCAAAGAAAUUUGUUCAGCCGGUGCUGGAACAGCAGAAGGAUGGGUAAUGCCUGUUGGUACACUAAUAUCAGACCUUAGAGCAAUUCCGGUUACACAGUGUAAUAGUGUUGUACAAAAUUUAAUUCGUUAUCUUGGUGAUUCUUGCAUACCGAAUUCAUUGUCUGAGAUAUUUAAUCCAUUCGGAGAUAAUACUCAAGAAGUUUGUCGGUUGUGUUACAAUACAGGACUAUCUGAGUGGUGUGCAUCUUUAGAUAGAUAUGCAGGAAAUCAAGGUGCAUUGAGAUGCUUGAGAGAAUAUACUGAGAAUUUCGAAUCAAAAUAUAAACCGGCUGUUGCUUUUUUAAGAGAUCGUGAAAUUGAGUUAGCCGCUGGUGAUGGAUUCCCAAUAGAAAAUUAUGAAUUAUUAUGUCCAUCAAAAAGGCCUGAUGGAAGUUGGACGGCCAAUAUCACUUCGUCAGCCAGUUGUAAUUGGGGCAAAAUUCCAUCUCGUAUGAUUAUGACUAGUUUAAUUCAAACUGAUGUAACUGUAUACACAGAUUUUCUUGAGUUAUUAGUUCAACAUUUUGGUCCAAACGGAACAAGUGUUUCAAAGUUCAAUUUAUUCGCGUCAACUGGUUAUACAACUAUGAAUAGAGUUAAUGUUACACAUCAUUUAAUGUUUUCUGAUUUUACUAAAAAUAUUUAUAUUCCUCCUGUAACAGAAACUGAAACUUACUACAGAUGGAUAGAUCCUUCAUUUAAAAAAGCUUUAAAAAAAUUAGAAUCUUGUCCACUUCCAUCACUUGGUUGGUGUGUUAUCGAUGAAUUUGAAAUGAUCAAAUGUCAACGUAUGUCUAGUGCAUUCUCAGCAAAACGUAUUCAACCGGAAAUGUAUUGUUUACAAGCUAAUUCUACCAUCGAUUGUAUGAAAUUGAUUAAAGAUGGUUAUGCUGAUAUGGUAACACUGGAAGCUGGUGAUUUAUAUAUAGCUGGAAAAUAUUUCGAUUUAGUACCGAUUGUUGCAGAACUAGUAAUUGAAUUUACAAAAUUUGUUUCAAAUGGUAGUGCAAAUGAUAGCGGCUACUACCAAUCUGGGCUAUAUGGUGUUUUUCAUUUUGCUAUGGACAAUGUUUUCCUAUCGUUGGCUGGAAAUCACUCACUAAUGGAAAAUGGAGGGUUCCCAGUUAUGGUUCAAAACCCACAUUUUGCUUCUUGGACACAACUUUCUGCACAAACAGCUGGAAAUGCAGCUGCUGCAGCGGCCGCUGCUGCUGCUGCGGCAGUACAUCCAGGAGCAGGAUCAUUCCAAUUUCCUAAUGCCAAUUCACUCCAACAUUUACAGUCACCUGAUUCAUCAUCAUCAUCAACUACCUCUCGUAGUGUCAAUUUAGAAAAUUCUAUUUCAGUCACUGGAACAACUAAUAAUUUUUCACUUGGUUUACAAUCAUCAACACCUUUAACUUUGCAACAUUCAAUACCAUCACAAACACAUGCACAGUCACAACAACAACAACAUCAACAUCAAGUACAAUUGCAACAGCAACAACAACAUCAGUUACAACUUCAACAGCAGAUUCAAUUACAACAACAACAACAACAAUUUCGACAGCAGCAACAACAACAACAACUCCAACAACAUUCAUUACAACAACAAGUUAGACUUUCAAGUCCAUCUCAACAACACCAACAACAGUUGCAUCAACAUUUACAACAACAACGACAAACUGUUGUUGUCCCGCAAUCGCAACAAAUGAAUCAAAUAUCCGGUAUUGGUCUUCAAACUACCAGUAGUACUAGCACAUCUCAAUCAUCAUUACCAGUCAUUCCGAAUAGUGGUGUUAGUUUUAGUAUGCAAAUGUCACCGACCAUACAAGCAACUCCAACAAUUCAUAACCAGUUAACUCCUCAAACAUCUAUGCUUAGCGUAAGUAGUUUCCCAUCAUUUACCACUGCUACUGCUCCUGCUCCAGUAAAACAAAAAAGAAAAUCUAAAAACACUAGUAAGAAAUCUCAAGCUGAAGUUAUCUCCAACACCAGUACCAGUACCAGUAUUUCAACAUGUGGUGUAGUGAAUACAUUAUGCUCCAGUUCUACAGUAUCAUCAUGUGGUUUAAUUCAAAUGAAUGGUAAUUUAUCAUCAUCAAUGACAUCAGCUGAUCAAACUAAUUCUUCUAUAUCAUCUAAUCCAAUCACUUGUAUUAGUGAAACGCGUAAUUCACCAUUACCAACUAUACUUUCUCCAUUACCAACAUUACCAGAAGAGAUAUUAUUAAAAAUUGAUCCUUCACUGGGUGAUCCACCACCACCACCACAUGCAGAUGUAACGAUUACAAAACCUUAUCAAUGUGAUAUAUGCCUUAAAAGAUAUUCCGGUAUGAAAUCAUUAAAAAAUCAUAAAUUAACUCAUUCCGAUAUUCGACCACAUAAAUGUUCUAUAUGUGGUAAAGCAUUUCUUCGAGCAGAUAAAAUGCGUCUUCAUGAAAUUUCUCAUUUGAAUGUAAAACCAUUUGAAUGUGCUACUUGUAAACAACGUUUUACACGUUCGGAUAAAUUAAAAAUUCAUCAUCGUACUCACACGGGAGUUCGUCCAUAUGCAUGUACUUUUUGUCCUAAACGCUUUACACGAUCUGAUAAAUUGAAAAUUCAUGAACGUAUACAUACAAAAGUUAAACCAUAUGAAUGCUCACAUUGUGGAAAGUGUUUUGCUCGUUCGGAUAAAAGAAGACUACAUGAGAAAACUCAUAUGUUUGGACCGAAACCUCGUGCUACCGGUGGAAAAAAAUCGAAGACUACAAGUGCAGCAGCGGCGGCUGCAGCCGCGGCCGCAGCUGUUGUUGCUGCUGCAUCAGCGGCGUCAUUUUUAACUGUUAACUCUAUUGGAAAGAAUCUUGGUCUCCCGCUAACUGUUACCACUCCUUCAAUCAAUGCCAAUAAUCCAUCAUGUACUGUGUUUGAUUUCUCUUCACUUACAAAUGUUUGUACAACUAGUCAAAGUAAUGUUUGUUUUCCAUCUUAUCACACUGUUAGCUCAGCUCCAUCUAAUGUGAAUGAGAAUGCUGCUGAUACUCAACAGACCCCGGCUCCUUUGUCUACAAUUUCUUUUCCUUUGCCAACUUGUCAACAAUUGCAUUUACCAACACAACAUCACUCUACUCUAGCUUCACUUGCAGGUAUUGCUCAAUAUCAUCCAGCUUUAUUUUCCGCUCAUCCACGUCAAUUUCCCAAUGCUGCAUCAGUAGCUAAUCCUGUUUCUUUUUAUCCUACAAAUCAAACUAAUUCUAUGGGAUUUACAACUGCUAACUCAGGAUCUUAUCCCCAUGCACAGGUAAUGCCGUUUCUAGUCAAUCCUAAUGGUGGCACAGGUGCAUCGUCUUCAAUUUCAUUUUUGGGAUCUAAUUCUGUUUCGGACAACAAUAAUAACUGUUCAGUUGCUAACACCUCUAGUAUUUAUCAAAGCCCUUCUCAGAAAAUGGGAGCAGUUGUAACUUCAUUUCCGGUUAGUACUCCUGGAGUGGUGGUAACACAGCGACCAGAAAUAUCUGCAGUUUCUUCUGAUGCUGUCUCUGUGAACCCAACAUCCACUACAGUAUCGAAUACAAAUAUUGCUGCUGUGAUGGCUGCUGCAGCACUAGGUCGUCAAUUCCAUCAAAAUCAACAAUAUCAUCCACAGAUAGUAGCUUAUUCGGGUUCUCAACAAAUCCCCCAUGUUUCUGCUUUCAUUCAUCAACAACAGCGCCAACAACCUCAGGAGAAUCAACAAUCACGAGAAACUGGGCAGCAACAACAACAACAACAAAGUCAGCAGCCUACACAUUUUGUUCACCAUCAAGCACAAUCUAAACAAGUUCAGUCACAGCAGCAUCCACCUCAACAACAACAAGCUCAACAGCAGCAGCAGCAACAACAACCACAACAGCCUAGACCUCAAUUUCAAUUUUACCAACCUCAGUUUGCUCAUCAAUUUCAGCAAUCAACUGCUCAAUUGCAACAAGAUCAUCAACAUCAAAUGCUGCAACAUCAACAACAAGUUAUACAAUUACAUCAGCAACUUCAGCAGCAACAACAACAAGCUCAACAGCAACAACAACAAACUCAACAACAACACCAACACCAACAGCUUAUGCAACAACAUUCCGCCGCUAUGCUUCAACAACAGGGUCUUAUUUCACCUGCACAUUCUGGUACAUCAGUCGCUGCAUUUAGUUUAUUUCCUCAAGCUGCUGCACAAUUUAUACCUGGUGUAGUGCCAGCUCAGUAUGCUGCUGCUGCGGCUGCAGCAGCUCAUUCAACACAUCAACAAUAUAUGCAAGUACAACAACAACAACAACAACAGUAUUUAGCUGCGGCGGCUGCUGCAGCAGCUGCCUCUUCUGCACCUAUGCAUUCAUUGACGUUGACAACAUCGCAUCAACCAAAUUGUAGUAGUAGUAGUAAUAGUAGUAGUACAAUAGCAACAAUUGCACCUACAACUAGUAGUUCUAUUGUUACUUAACCUUUAACCUUUUUUUGACAGCUUGUACUUGAAUGAAUCGUCGAUCUUUUAUCGAUUAUGUAUGUAUUACCAAACUGGUUGUCUUUUGUGAAUUGUGAAUGUGUGCAUUUAACUAUUAUUUUUUUUCUUGUCUUUGCAUUAUGUGUUAUAUACAUGAUAAUUUGGGCCUAUUCUCUUUUUUUUGUUUUUAUAAAUACAACGUAGUAAAAACGAUCAUUGAGAUUUUUUCCUGUACAUAUAUACAUUAUUAUAUUGACAUGGUUGUUUACACAAAUUAGACAAUCAGCUGU